UAACGUGUGUAAAAUGACUGCUAUGUAAAGAAGCCACUUCCGUUGGUUCUAGCAUGGAUGCAGAUUUGUUAGCUGUGCGAGCGUUACUGAGGAGGUGCUUGCGGAGACGAAUGAGAAUGGGGGCUGGGCGGACGAGAAGAAGACAGAGGCAGGACAGAGUGGGCUUGCGUGAGGGCAUGAGUGGAGUCCAUGUUGCAAAUAGCCAUAGUGUUGUGAAUAGCCACAGGGGGCUGAUAGAAGAUCAGGGUUUCCAUAGUGUGGAUGGUGAGGGAGAGGGGGAGGAGGAUUUGGAGUGCAGUGUGGGUAACAAAGCACUAGAAGAGGCUGAGGUGCAGGAGAUGAGGGUAGACGACGAGGAGGAGGAUGAUGCAUGGUCCCAAGGGGCAAUACCUGUGGCCAAGGUGCGCAGAGCUAGACUACACAGGGAAAGGGUAACUUUGGAGGAGCUGUCUGAUGAGGAAGUUUAUGAUCGUUAUCACUUACCUCGGGGCAGUGUCAUAGAACUGUAUGAGCUCCUAAAGGAUGAACUUGAACCAGCAGCGUAUACCAAUCGAGCCUUACCUGGCAUGGUGAAGCUGUUAAGUGGCAUACACUUCCUUGCCACCGGCAGCUUCCAGUCAUCUCAAGGGUUUAAUAGUGGGAUGGCACAACCCACCUUCUCCAAGGUGCUAGGACAGUUCCUCUCUGCAAUGAAGAGACACUGCCAGAAAUUCAUCAGUUUCCCUAAAACAAGAGAUGAUUGGCAGAAAGUGAAGAAAGAGUUUUAUUUAGAGUCAGGCUUUUCCAAAGUUAUGGGGUCUAUAGAUUGCUUUGAUGUGGCCUUGAGGCCACCACAAGGAGAGGAGGUACUUUACAAGAACAACAGCCAGUUUCAUUCAAUAAAAGUUCAGAUGGUAUGUGAUGCAAAUAUGAGAAUACAGAAUGUGUUUGCAGGGUUGCCUGGCAGCGCAGAUGAUGCUUAUAUUCUUCAUAACUCUUCAGUAUUCAGAGACUUUGAGUCAGAGGCCCUGAGUGGUGGAUGGCUGGUGGGUAAUUCAAGGUAUGCCUGCCGCAGUUGGCUAAUGACACCUGUAGCACAACCAUCAACGCCUGAAGAACAAAGAUAUAAUGAGUCGCACAAGAGAGCCUGGCUUUCGGUUCAGUGUACUUUGAGUAUGCUCAAAUCAAGAUUCCGUUGUCUGGACCACUGUGGAGGAGGUGCCUUACAGUAUUCACCCCAAAAAGUAUGUGAAAUAGUUAUUGCGUGUUGUUGCUUGCACAACAUAGCACAACAAGCCAAUAUGUUAGGAGACGUAGAACUUCCUAUACAGGAAUCUGAUGUUAUAGCUACAGAAGCAGAAGAGGAUACACACCGGGGAACACAGGCCCGAAACCUUGUGAUUAGCAAGUACUUCAGCUCAGAUGCAGAUGAUGACGUAACGUCCUGAAAAAUGUGCACGAGGGAUGUACAGCAUCAAGCACUGUACCAGCAUUAAUGUAUCAAGGUCUGAAACUCUUCACAGCGAGUGAAAUCAUAUACUGCUGCCAUUUCCUCUCAUGUUCUGUGUUUUGUGAGCCUGAGGAAAUCAGUUGACCUUAAAAGGACAUUCAAGUCAAUUGUUUUAAAAACUGCACAGUAUAUAUCUACAAUUAACUCUACGGUGCAAAGUAUCUGCUCACAAAAUAAGUAUUUUAUAAGCAUUUUAAACUGUAUUUUUAUUAGGAAUUGAUAUACUGCCCAAGAAAAGUCUAGUGACAUACUUGAGUAUGUUUAUUUUAACCCAUCUGCUGCAAACAAUGAGAGACAGAUAUAAAUCAGCUCCUGCGCUGAUCGAGUGGACACUGUGUAGCAGGGUCAGUGUUCUGAAUUCAGUAGGAUGCUCUCCAGUCUCACUAGAGGAGGGGAAAAGUACAAUUUACAGAGGGAAAUCACUGUUGAUGGUAAGAUACAUCUGAUAGUAGUAUACUUGCAAUAAUCUUACUAGCUUAAUGUGACAGUUUUCUCAAUAUAUUAUCACCUUGUUUGCAGCAGUUGUUUUUCAACGGCCGAACCCCCCUCAUUUCUUUCCAUAUCUGGAGGAGCCAGUUUGUACUUACUGGAGUAGAAUUCACUAGACACACAUUUAUUUUAGCAAAAUUUAUGUUGUUUAGCAGUAUCUCUUCUUAUCACCUCUAUUGAGGCCAAUUAAGAACAUAUAUGUACCUGGGUUAAGCUUGUGAAGUCCCAAUUCUCAGAACGGGAAAACCCACAACUUUCAGAUUUAAAUUACAGGAAAAUGAAGCAAAGUAAAUAAAUAUUGAACGUUUGCGCUACUAAACAUAAUGAAACAUUUCAUUUUGCUGUCUGUGUUCCAUGUCCCUUUUUUAAUGUUGCUUUAACAUUCCUAGUGUUCUUUUAGAGCACACAUUAAGCAUGGCUUCUACAUAGACUGAUGCUCCUAGAUAAGGCUGGUCAGCUGCCUAAGAGAUCUACCUCUGCCUUAUUAAGUGAUGAUGUUUUAACACAAUGUGUUGCACAUUUCGGCUCCAUAUAUCACUUUUGCAUUCUCUGUUUCUAAAGUGUUUUAUUUUAAAGAUGCCUUUUAUCUUUUUCUCGUGUUCUGCCUGUCCAGUUUUGAUCUAGAUUCUUAAUGUAUCCCUUCCUUUUUAUAUUUAGGAACAUUACUUUUGUAGCAAAGCUACUCGGUAUUACAUUACCAUAUUUAGGUUUGAUAACCCCUUGUACAGUUGUUUGCCUUAUGUUAAUGAAUUAAAAAAGCAUAAUUUAUGUAAGAACUUACCUGAUAAAUUCAUUUCUUUCAUAUUGGCAAGAGUCCAUGAGCUAGUGACUUAUGGGAUAUACAAUCCUACCAGGAGGGGCAAAGUUUCCCAAACCUCAAAAUGCCUAUAAAUACAACCCUCACCACACCCACAAUUCAGUUUAAUGAAUAGCCAAGCAGUGGGGUGAUAAAGGAGUAGAAAGCAUCAACAAAAGAAAUUAGGAAAUAAUUGUGCUUUAUACAAAAAAUCAUAACCACCAUAAAAAGGUUGGGCCUCAUGGACUCUUGCCAAUAUGAAAGAAAUGAAUUUAUCAGGUAAGUUCUUACAUAAAUUAUGUUUUCUUUCAUGUAAUUGGCAAGAGUCCAUGAGCUAGGGAUGUAUGGGAUAGCAAUACCCAAGAUGUGGAACUCUACGCAAGAGUCACUAGAGAGGGAGGGAUAAAAAUAAAAACAGCCAUUUUCCGCUGAAAAAAAUAAUCAACAACCCAAAAAAAUAAGUUUAUUCUCAUAAAUGAAAGAAAAAAACAAAUCAAAAGCAGAAGAAUCAAACUGAAACAGCUGCCUGAAGAACUUUUCUACCAAAAACUGCUUCUGAAGAAGCAAAUACAUCAAAAUAGUAGAAUUUAGUAAAUGUAUGCAAAGAGGACUAAGUUGUCGCUUUGCAAAUCUGAUCAACUGAAGCUUCAUUCUUAAAGGCCCACGAAGUGGAGACUGAUCUAGUAGAAUGAGCUGUAAUUCUCUGAGACGGGGCCUGACCCGAUUCCAAAUAAGCUUGAUGAAACAAAAGUUUCAACCAAGAAGCCAAGGAAAUAGCAGAAGCCUUCUGACCUUUCCUAGGACCAAAAAUAAAACAAAUAGACUGGAAGUCUUCCUGAAAUCUUUAGUAGCUUCCACAUAAUAUUUCAAAGCUCUUACCACAUCCAAAGAAUGUAAGUAUCUUUCCAAAUAAUUCUUAGUAUUAGGACACAAGGAAGGGACAACAAUUUCUCUACUAAUGUUGUUAGAAUUCCCAACCUUAGGUAAAAAUUGAAAAGAAUUCUGUAAAACUGCCUUAUCCUGAUGAAAAAUCAGAAAAGGAGACUCACAAGAAAGAGCAGAUAGCUCAGAAACUCUUCUAGCAGAAGAGAUAGCCAAAGACAUGGAUCUAACAUCAAUUUUGAUAAUAUCAAAAAUGGCAUCACAAAUAAAAUGAUUAGCAUAUUGCAGUAAGCGAAAAAUACCAGAAAUGUCAGAAUCCAUUUCUUGUUGCGCUAAAUUCUCCAACCAGAAAGUUGAUGCAGCCGCAACAUCAGCCAAAGAGAAGAUGACCUGAAUAUAAAUAGACCUUCCUUAGAUAAGAUUCAAGCUUCCUAUCUAAAGGAUCCUUAAAGGAAGUACUAUAUUCCAUAGGAAUAGUGGUACGUUUAGCAAGAGUAGAAAUAGCCCCAUCAACUUUGGGGAUUUUUUCCCCAAACUCUAUAGAAUUUGCUGGUAAAGGAUACAAUUUUUUAAACCUUUAAGAAGGAAUAAAAGAAGUACCUGGCUUAUUCCAUUCCUUAGAAAUCAUAUGGUUACCUCAAUAUCCAAAGUAAUUAACACUUCUUUUAAUAAAGAACGCAUAUACUCAAUUUUAAAUAAAUAAGUAGAUUUGUCAGUGUCAAUGUCUGAUGAAGGAUCUUCUGUAUCAGAUAGAUCCUCAUCAGAAGAGGAUACAUUAUUAUGUUGUUGGUCAUUUGAAAUUUCAUCAACUGAAUGAGAAGUUUUAAAAGACCUUUUACGUUUAUUAGAAGGUGGAAAUGCAGACAAAGCCUUCUGGAUAGAAUCAGAAACAAAUUCUUUUAAAAUUCAUAGGUAUAUCAUGUACAUUAGAAGUUGAAGGAACUGCAACUGGCAAUGUACUAUUACUGAUGGACACACUAUCUGCAUGUAAAAGUUUAUCAUGACAACUAUUACAAAUGACAUUCGGCAAAAUAAUUUCCACAAUCUUACAACAAAUGCACUUAGCUUUGGUAGAACCGAUGUCAGGCAGCAAUGUUCCAGCAGAAACUUCUGAGGCAGGAUCAGAUUGAGACAUCUUGCAAAAUGUAAAAGAAAAAACAACAUCUAAAGCAAAAUUAUCAAUUUCCUUAUAUGACAGUUUCAGGAAUGGGGAAAAAUGCAAAUAGCAUAGCCCUCUGAUAGAGAAAAAGGCAAGAGGUAAACAUCAAUGGGGUAUUAAAAUAAUGAAAAAGUUUGGUGCCAAGUAUGACGCACAAUGUAACUGAAAACUUUUUUGGCGCCAAUAAUAACCGGAAAUGACACACUCGCGUCAUUAAUGAUGCAACCCUGUGUAAGGCUUCGGUGUCAACUAUGACGCCGGAAAUUACGAAGUUGCGUCAUAGACGUAUUUUUUGCGGCAAAAAAAAUUCUUGCACCAAGAAUGACGCAAUAAAGUUUAGUAUUUAGCGCACCCGCGGGCCUAAUACCGCCCGCAAUUUUACAAGAAGUAGUCAAUUGAAAAACAGACUAAACCCCAGGUAAGAAAAUUUUUUCUUAAAAAAGGUUUAUAUUCCCCAAAUAUGAAACUGACAGUCUGCAGAAGGAAAUCCAUGAACCUGACUCAUGGCAAAUAUAAGUACAAUACAUAUAUUUAGAACUUUAUAUAAAUGCAUAAAGUGCCAAACCAUAGCUGAGGUGUCUUAAGUAAUAAAAAACAUACUUGCCAAAAGACACCCAUCCACAUAUAGCAGAUAGCCAAACCAGUACUGAAACAGUUAUCAGUAGAUGUAAUGGUAAAUUGAGAGUAGAUUGUCGAUCUGAAAAGGGAGGUAGGAGAUGAAUCUCUACGACCGAUAACAGAGAACCUAUGAAAUAGACCCCCGUUAGGGAAAUCAUCGUAUUCAAUAAGUGAUACUCCCUUCACGUCCCUCUGACAUUCGCUGUACUCUGAGAGGAAUUGGGCUUCAACAAUGUUGAGAAGCGCAUAUCAACGUAGGAAUCUUAGCACAAACUUGCUUCACCACCUCCAUAGGAGGCAAAGUUUGUAAAACUGAAUUGUGGGUGUGGUGAGGGGUGUAUUUAUAGGCAUUUUGAGGUUUGGGAAACUUUGCCCCUUCUGGUACGAUUGUAUAUCCCAUACGUCACUAGCUCAUGGACUCUUGCCAAUUACAUGAAAGAAAUAAUCCAUAUUUUAUUAGCAAUCUGAGCAUUUAGCUCUACCAUGGGACUGCAUAAUACAAUAUUUACUAACGGUUCUGGUUCAAAGUCUCAUGGCACAUUAGAUAAACGUUAUAUCUAUAUUACUUUGCCAAAGGAAUAAUUGAGGUCUUAGGUAAGAAAUCACAGCUGUGGUCUCGGCUGUUGACUGAAGUCAUUGGCUGUCAUAUGCUGUCUAAUGCUCUGACAGGUCGUCUUAAGCUUGUGAUCUGUCGUUAACACAUUAUAUGUUCAUUUUUUUUUUUACUGUUUUACAGUUUUCUUAUUAUUUUUUUUAUUUUUUUAUCCAGAUAAUGGGAUAUCCCAUAGGCCUUUUUGUUUGUAUGUUUUUUUAAAAAAAAAGAAAAAAAGUCAGGAAAACUAUUACAUGUAUGCAGGUAAAUCCCCAUUUGCAUAUGUAACUUACUGUCACUGUACUGUGUUUAUUUCAACACUACUUAUAACUGUAAGCUUUUUAUGGUGUCCAUUUGUUUCCUGAUAAUUAAAAAUGGAAAUCUUUAAUUAAUAAAUAUAGAAAGCCAACACUAAUAA